UUGGAAAAUCAUAAGAGAAAUGCUUAAUCAUAAAUUUUAAUCAUUUUCGUUGUUUUUGUAUUCAAAAUAUUAUACAUUUAAGCAUUCUUUAAAAAAGCGUUGCCUUCGUGUAUAUAUCAAUUUCAAUUCUUAUCUGCAGACACCAUGGCAACCUUUGGAUCAGAUUGAAAAAUAGUAUAUAGCAUUUUGUUUAUGUUUUAUAAACAAAAGCAGCUCCAAGUCAUGGUUCAGUCUGCUUCGAAAUGUUAAGAUUAACAUUUGCCUGCCUUUGUUGUCUCCUACUCGGAGAUGUAACAUCAAGUUUUAGCAAUCAUUGGAAACUGCCAGCCCUUCGGAGUCACCUGGGGUCAUCAGAGUCUCUAACUUCACCUACCAAUUGGCAAUUGCGCCAACGGUUCCUUUUGGAUUUGCUGCUUCAAGUGCACAAGCCUUUGCUGCAUCAACAGCUCAUUGAAAUGGGCAGUCAACUUAAUGAAGAUCCCCAAGAAUAUAAAGAAGGUUCCUGGAGUUUGAUAAAGGAGUUUUUAGGUCGUGUUCAUCAAAAUCAAGUGCCCAGACCCUUUACCAUUUACAAUCAACUAGAUGAGGAAAUGCCACAGAACCUGUUGGGAGUCUAUCGUUUUUUGGUCCUGGCCAAGGACUGGACUUCCUUCCAACGAAACGCUUGCUAUGCCAGAAUACACUUUCAUCCUAUACUCUUUGUGAAUGCCCUGCAAAUAGCAGUGGGGGAGAGAGAGGAUGCCAAGGAUCUCAGACUGCCAGCCAUGUUUGAGGUGCUGCCUCAACUCUACUUUGAAAAGGAGGUGAUCCUGGCGGCCCAAGAAAUUGCCUGGCAUCAAUUGACACCCAUUAGGCUAGUGACACCCAAGCGCAAUUGGAAGCAUGUAUUUCUGAAGUAUUUCAGUCCUAGAGAAAUCUUGACGAAAGAGGAGCCCAUGUCAGCCGAUCCUUUGAUCAUAGAUAACAUCAGAAACUUGGCUUAUCUCAGCUUGGAUUUGGAGCUAAACUCGCAUUGGAACAAACUGAUAAAUCAAUUGGUUAUAUCCCUUGAAGAAGCUAAAGAGGGAAUACAGCAUCAGGACAUUAUAGAUGGCGAUCGCCUUAUGGCCUUUCGAGGACCUGGGGAUGAGGACAGCUACAGAAGGCAGUUGGCAAUGCGAGCACACUCUCACAAUUCCCAAAUAUAUCUCUACAAUUUAAAGCAAUUUGUGGCUGCCUUGCAUAUGGAGGACUUGGCUACGGGCCAAAAAUCUACAGAAGUAAUUGAUCAGCCUUUAAUGACCACUGGCGGAGUUCCCUACCAAAGCACCAGCUUGGAUUCAGAAGCCAUUAGGCGCAUUUUAGACUUGACCUUAGAAGAUCUGAAAAAACAAAUUGAUGAGGUGGUCAGUCAUAAUAAGGAUUAUAUAGAAAACACAUUUAUAGCUGAAAAAAUAAUAGCAAAUAAUUAUCUCAAUAUUUGCCGUCAUCUGAGCUUGCCCAUCAAUGGUUAUAAAGCAGAUAAGCCUAGUAUGCUAGGUUUGGCCACAGCUAAUCUAAGAGAUCCCAUCUACCGAUCGCUGCUCUUUCGUUUACAGAAAAUAAUAAGCAGUUAUGGCAAAGGAAAUGUAAUCCAAAAAGAAGGAAAAGGGAUACAACCCAUCAUAAAUAAAGUCACAGUUAGUAGCUUGCUGACUUAUGAGGAAACCGUGUAUACCGAUUUAAUCAAUCUGAUUGACCAGCAACUGCUUCAAUCACAGCGUAACAACUUGCAGUUUCUCCAACGUCAUCUUGUGGCCAGACAACGCCGCCUCAAUCACGAACCUUUCAGCAUUACCCUGGAUAUAGAAGCCCCUGCAGAAAUGACUGUUCAAGCUAGAAUAUAUCUGGCCCAAGCCAAUCAAUCCAGUCCCCAUUUGCACCUAGACACCUUUGUGUGUUCCCUGAAGAAGGGCUUUAAUCAAUUCGAACGUCUUUUCCCUUCAGCCCUCAAGGAAUCCACUCUCAGCGAACUAUAUGAGGCCGAUUAUCCAACAGCAUCAGACAGUUUCAGGGGUUUUCCCACACACCUUAUGUUGCCCAGAGGCACUCGAGAAGGACUCAAACUUCAAUUGUUUGUUGAACUCACAGCUUGGACUGGCUGGGAGCAGGAGAAUGAGGAGGUGCCGUUGCCUGUGCUAACCAAAAGUUUGAAGGAUGUGAUAAUCUUUCAUCGCCAGGCCUAAAACUAUUAUGCGAUAAUAUAUGCUAAAUGGCUAAACUUCUUAAUUGAAUGCUCUGUCGUGUGUGUUUGAAUACCUUGGGAGUGGGUU